GUUCAAGAGACUGGACAAUGAGCUGCAUUCUCUGCUUUGGAGGAACACCACUUUGUCUUUCUCCUGUACAUUCGCAAAAGUACACCGUUUCACAGGAAGGUUUCACUGUUCAGUCUUGCUGACAACGCAGCCAGAUAUACAGGCUUGCUGCAGCUGGAAAAGGGUCAUUUAAACUUUGGGGUAAAAAGGCUUUGUCAUAUUCCCAGUUGGAAAGAGAAAAAAGAAAAAAAAAACACCUGUUAGUUAGUGCUACAAAACUGUCAAUGAAAAACUAUUAGAGCCUUGACAUUAAGUGACAGUUGUUUCUUGCAAGCUUGAUACCCUGCAGCACCAGGCAUAAGGCCCAUCAUGACUGAAAAGGAUCUGUAUUUAUCAGUGAUGGCACAGCAGCUGUGGGACAAUGACAUGAGCCGCCUGCAGCCUGGCCUGGACUACAAGAUCUCACUGCAGGGUAAGGCAGGAUUGACGCAGUCCUGCAAUGAUGGAAACAAUGGAGCUGCAUUGCCAUUGUUCACAUUUGUUAAUGAGAACAUUUUUAAAAAGGAAACAUUCUCUGCCUUCAUCUCCCUUCUCGAUAACUAUGAGAGUAAUGCUGGGGAACCUGAGGUCGUGACCCUGGAAGAGGAAGCUGAAAACCACAGGUUCCUGGAAUCGAUCAUAAACACCCCACCAAUGAAGAUUGCUCACAGGUACCUAGUGGAGAAGCAGCUCUCACCGGAGAACACAGGGGAGUUCAAACAACAGCUCUAUCGCAUCUGGUUUGAGCUGUACGCCAGGAGAGGGUCCAGCAGACCGGACUCUUCAGGCUUUGAACACGUGUUUGUUGGGGAGACCAGAGGAGGCCGAACAGUCAUUGGUUUCCAUAACUGGAUCCAGUUAUACCUGCAAGAGAAGCUUGGGCAUAUUGACUACAAGGGGUACAGUGUGAAUGCUAACUCCCCAGAACCUGAUGACAAAAAACACAUCCUGGCCCUUCAGUUCAGCUGGAAGAAUGGGAUCAAACCAAAAGGGAGCAUUUUCAUUGGUGUCAGUCCAGAGUUUGAGUUUGCCCUCUACACACUCUGUUUCCUGACCUCCCCCAAUGAACGCGUGAAAGUGUCAUUCAGCCUGUAUGAGGUGGAGAUUGUCUGCCAUCAUUACAACCAGAAACAUAUAGGCACCACCUACCCCAUUCUCACAAAGUACCUAUAACCCCUCACACUAUCAAUACUAUCCAGAGCCCAUGUCAAAACUACUGUUUUUGUCUUUUUAUUCCCAAAUAAAAACAUAAUAUA